GACAGCUAAAGCUUAACACCGACCGGGGAGCUGUGUGUGUAGCCGGGCGGUACAAGGCAGCAAACCGUGCGCACCCGGUUCCUGAACUUCGGAAAUGACGACGUGGAUCUUGGGUUGCCAGGCAGGCUGGAGAGUCUCGCUUGAAACGUGUUAAAAGGGGCGUUCUUCGACUCCAACCUGGCAACCCCGAAGGAGUCUGGUCUAGGAAAAUAUUGCCCACAGCAGACUACUUGGCAUUAAAGACGGCUGGUGGUAGGAGCUGCGGUAAACCGUUUCCAGAAUCUACUCUUCAGUCUUCUUGCCAACAUCAGUUUUGGAUCAACUUGGUGGAGAGAAACGGGAAGAAAACCUGAAUCUCUGCCUAAAUGGUUUAGGCCUGAUCCGAACCUUCCAACACUUCUGCCAGUUGUGAGCCUCACUGGAAUCUCUCUAAAAAGAGAGAGCUCGAUAGAAAAACUCUAGAAAAACCCAAGUAAAAGUCCCCACACUUGGGCUCCUCGUCUAAUCACCAGUUAAAGCAUAUUUAAAGGGUUAUCACAGUCUUGGGGAGGAAUACGACCAAGUGUUUCUCGGAAACGUCUGUGUGACAACAUGGCAAAGAAAAACAGCAAUAAGGAUACGUCUGGGGUGGUGUUUGACACUCGCUCAAAAAUGGUCAUGUCCCAAGGAGGAACAGCUGAACGGAUGAAAGAGAAGAUCAGCGCUGUCAGGGCAGUCGUCCCCAACAAAAGUAACAAUGAGAUUGUGCUGGUGUUGCAGCAUUUUGAGAACUGCGUGGACAAGGCUGUUCAAGCUUUCUUAGAAGGUAGCGCAAUUGAGAUCCUGAAGGAGUGGAAUGUCACCGGCAAAAAGAAGCCCAAGAAGAAAAAGAAGCCCAAGCCUCAGCCUGAGGCUUCAGCAGAGCCUGCUCCACCUGAGGCCACAUCCCCUGAGGAGGGCAAGGAUGAGAUGAACGGCUUUCAUGCCAACGGAUCAGUAAUGGAUGGAGAGUCACUGGAUUCCCUGAGUGAACAGUUAGACUCUGCCUCCCUGGAUGCAGCCGAGCUGGACUCUGAACCUGCUACAUCCGAAACCACUGGUGCAGAAGCAGAAAGUCAAGGUAGCGCUCCAAGUCCCGCCUUACAGCAAGGAGGUAGAAAUCAGCAAGGUCCCAGAGGCAACAAGAACCGACCCAGGCCAGGCUCAAAUUCACAUCCACCCACUUUCUCAUUUGCACCCACAAUGGAUGAGCAAGGAUCAUCAGGAGUCAAGAAGAUAGCUUCCAACAUUGACCGAUCCGUGAAGGACCUACAGAGAUGCACAGCCUCACUGACUCGCUACAGGAUGGUGGUCAAGGAGGAGAUGGACUCUUCAAUCAAGAGGAUGAAGCAGACGUUUGCUGAGCUCCAGAGCUGUUUAAUGGACAGAGAAGUGACUCUACUGGGGGAGAUGGACAAAGUGAAAGCGGAAUCCAUGUUGAUUUUGGAUGCCCGGCAGAAAAGAGCAGAGGAGCUCAGACGGCUGACCGACCAGUCAGCAUCCAUGUCUGAAGAGCAGUUGACCGAACUGCGUGCAGACAUCAAGCACUUUGUUAGUGAACGUAAAUACGACGAGGAUCUUGGGAAAGCUGUAAGAUUUACAUUUGAUCUUGAACCGCUGAAGACGAGCAUCACAGGGUUUGGAUCAGUGUACCACCCGCGUACAGGCUACUCAAACAGGUCCCGUUGCAGCUCCACGUCCUCUUCUGUCGCCAGCCCAGGCCUCCUGGAAACUCCUCCUCCUCCCACCCAGACCCAAAGCCCACCCAUUGAAAACCGCCCUCCACCCACCAAACAGAUUUUCCAAGGUAACAGGCGUACUUUCCAGGGACAAGGGUAUCACUCGGGUGGUCAGCGGUAUAACGGCGGUUCCUACCAUGACAGGAACGCCACUCGUGGUAACCACCGCUACCAGAGCGACGGCGGCUCCUCUGGCCCUACUUCACAUCACUCUAACAACUCAAGAGGUCCCUCGCGUUCCUCCACGUCCUCCUACAACCAAGAACGACCCUCUCAUAACGGGCUGCCCCAAAGGCAGCCGCGGACGCACUGCCCUUGACAUUGGAAACCCUGCACUCAAAUCAACCCCACCCACUAACCCUUGCACUCCCCUCCCAUACCUUCCACACUCUCCCUCCUACUAACUCCUCUCAAUGAAGAAUAGAAUACCAGUUUACAUAUUUCCGUCAGUUGAGCUGUAUUGCCACCUCUCUACAUCUAUCCAUUCAUCCCUCGAACUUGAAAAGCUCUCACUCGUCUGUAAUCGCUCUUCCUUUUCUCAUUUCUCUCAUCCUGGUUGCAGUAACAGCUCUUAUCUUUAGGCCCCUUUGAGAGAUCUCAUUGCUAUGCUAUUGUCAGUCUCUGUUUUUAAUGCCAGAGACUGACAGGAUUACCUGCAACAAUUUGCGCAUUAUUGAAGUUAGAUUCUUAGUACUAUUUCUAUUCUUGCUGUGGCUUAUGUCAGCUCUCUGAUUUGCACCUCAGAUCUUUCUCUUUUUUUUUUUUUUCUUUUCCUUGUCUCCCCAAACCAUUUCAAUGCCUUCACCGUGGAAAGGAAGUAGUUCUAGUGUUAACAGGGAAUUUUGUCAUCAGGAGAGAAAACAUGCAAUCAACACUACAGACUAUCGUUAAUCUUUGCAAGGUUUAAAAAAAAAAAAAUUAAAAAAAAAAAAAAAAAAGGACAUAUCAAACUGUAAUCCAGAGCUUUUCGUAUGGCUGCUACAAACAAGGUAGGAAACGUGUUAACGCUAGGACUUCGAUGUUAUUUGAGAGCAGGUUGCUCUCUGAUAGGAAUAGUUUGACGUUUUGAGAAAUGGCUACCUCCCUUUCUUGCAUUAGAUGAGAGGAUUGAUGCAUCUCGUGUUCUCUCGCUGGCUGUGAAGCUAGCUGGUUAGCUUAGCUUUGUAUGAAUGCAGGUGGAAACUAUUUUGUUGCUAGUCCCAAUUUAACAUAAUCGGCCAAUACGCAAAACUCCAAAGUUCACAAACUUCACAGAAGUCCUAGGGAGGAAGUAAUAUGUUCGACCCGUGACAGUUAAGGGCUUGCAUACGAAUUGUCAUUCUGUCUUGUUUAUUUUGUACAAAAAAAAUUAAUGAAAUGAAAAAACACGGGGUAAAGAUCCAAGCAGAGCAAAGCUGGUUGUUAAAUUGGUUGAAUAGCUGCUAGCUGUAGCUUCAUCAUCACCAUACAGACAUGAGAGUGUUUCCAAACUUCUCAUCUAAGACCCUGCAAGAAUGUGAACUAGCUCAUUUUCCAAAAAUGUAGAACAAUUCCUUCAAAUAUUGCCUGAGGCUGUGAUGUAUCGCCCUCCUGCUGGCCAACAGGGUCGUCGUGUGUGCCGUCUUUCUUGCUCGCUGUCCAUUCUUUUAUAACAGAGGGCUCAUUACCUUUUGUAGAAUAACUGUUAAAUGAAAUGUUAAAACUCAAGACAAACUGUCCACAUGCUGUUUCACAGUUAGUUCUUGACAUCAGUUCUGAAGGAUUUUCUUCCACUUGCGCCGUUUCUUCUUCGUUAUUUGUUGUUAUAUGCACAUGAAUGGCAUAUUAAUGACGUGCUUGCCUUUUAGUCACAGAGAGACUUCACAUUUGCCUUUCUAGAGAGACAUGGAUGUCUGCGUCAUGACAGCUUUCUAAUCAGAUGGUACUUGUAGAGCAGACGUGCGAUUUCUAAAUAUAUGUAUGAGAAAAAGAUGCAAGAUCUCUUCUUCCCCUUUUUAUAUACUCACUUGAUCCCAUCUGUGAACGUAUAACUGAUGAAUACGUUGGUGGGUUGUAUUGAUUUCAAAGAUUUUUUUUUUUUUCUCUUCUACAGCUGCCAAGUAGACGCUUCAAGGCUGUUGUUGGGGUUAAGUCUCCUCGUCGUGUCGUGUCGGGAGUUUGUAAACAAAAAGUUGGUGAAUACCUCAUUGCUGAUCUUUUGACGAGGCCUGUUUUUCAAGGCGUUUUCUGGCAGUGGGCUCUUUUUUUUUUUCUUUUUUUUUUGAGGGACGAGGACCCCUGGUCUCUUAUCAUCGUGUAGUUAUGUACAUACAGUUUGUGGAGCUGCGAGGCUGUAGUGGAAAAACUGGUUGUUACAUUAUUGCUGCAUUUCAUCAUUCAUGUGUCUUCCUUCAGACUUUAGGAAAAUGAAAACUAAAACAAUAUUUUCCUCUCUCCCCCCUCUUUUUCUGAUCACAGGGAGAUUUUUUUUUUAUAUCUAUAUAUGUUUGAGAUUAAAAUCUUUACUCCAGUUAUUAUAUUAGUGAAUAUUGUGGAGAAAAGAACGGUAGUUUGUUUGCAGUCUUUGAUUAGUAUGUCCUGUAACGACAUAGAAACAGCUUAACUCUUGACUGAGGCCGUAGUUUGACAUUUUGAGAAAUAUACUCACUCACUAACUUUGAAAACACUUCUGAUGAACCAUAAAUCUCACCAUUGUGUUGACCGACAGUGAUGUCACCUUCCAAUUUGGCAUUACAGUAGUCGCCAUCUUGGGGGGGGGGGGACCAUAUUUGGGAAAGAGGGUGUAGCUGAGGAAUGUAGACGUAGACUUGAAACAAGUGAUUGAGUCUAAAAACUCAUUAGAAAACAUUUUAUUUAGGUAGUAAAUCAAGUGAGAAGUCGGGUCUCUUUCCCAUAAGCUUACAUGAAAAUCAGACUCCUUUGGAAACAGAGGAGUCGCCCCCUGCAGGCAGUAACUUUCAAAAUCUGGAAGCUCAAUUCAUAUAUAUAUUUUUUUUAUUUUUUUUUUAUAGGGAUGGUUGCUUUUCAAAGUUUGUUUUCCAAUUGUGGAAUGAACUGGUUGUUGCCCCCUUGUGGCUGUUUUGGGCAAAAAUAACAACAACUAUUGAACCCAUGUUGGACACAAUGAGGUUUGCUUUAUCACGUGAGAUUUAUGCUUUAUCAGAAGUGUUGGGAAGGAAAUGGAGGGAAACCGCUUUGUUUCCUGUCCGAAUGUAACAAAAUCCACUUUACUCUCUCUCACUCAACUAUAGCUCGACUUGUGUACUGUAUCUCGAUUGUUUACAUCAAACAAACGUGUGUGUUUUGUGGCGUAGAAAUGGCAGUUAGCCAAUUGCAGGAGGUUAUUUGUCACAUUCUUUCUUGGCCGUGAUCAAAAAAUAAAAAACAUGUUAAUUGGUGAGCUUUAGAGGUGCUGAUAGGCAGAUUUUGACCGAGCCGGGGAAGCUGCUUUCUGCCCGUUUCCACUCUUUAGGCUAAGCUGAGCUAACCGGCUGCUCAAAGAAGCAUCACAAUCAAUCUUCUGAUUCAUGUUUACUCUUGGUAACAUUAGCUGUGUAUUUCCUUAAAUGUCAGACUACUCCUUUAAGCGUUCUCAGAGGUGGUGACUUUGUUUUGUCACAAAGAUUUUUAUUGACUGACAUUGUCGGGAGGAAAAUAUACCAAAUUUUACUAAAACAAGUGUUUUUUUUGUUUUUUUUAAUUCCAGCGUCUUUCUUGUGUUCAAGAUGCUGGACUUGUUCAAUCAAAACUCAAAGGAAGUCAUUCUCAACAGAGAUUUUCACCAUCUCACUUUAACCACUUUUUUUUCUUUUUACAUUCCAAACUGUAGGAAUAUUUAGGUUCUCGCCAAAGAAAUAAUUUCGUCCUGUUAAAGUUGCUGCCUUUUUCUUUUCUUUUCUUCUUUUUAUUUCUGCCUGUAAAGAAUUCCAAAGGGGAUAAAUCCAACUCUUCACCUCCUCUUCUUCCUCCUCUUCUUCCCUCCCAAGUUAAUUUUCUGACUCCUUCCUGUAUAUACAUAUAUGUAGCUAUAUAAUUUUGUGCUCACAUGGGGCAUUUCGUAUGUGAUAUUCAUAUUAGUCAAAAUGGAGGUUAAACAUCUAGUUGAUUCAUUCUUCCAGUAAACCCGUGUUCUUCUUCUCAAGACAACCUUUCUGAGACAACUGUAAACUCAAGUGCCUUUUCUCGUCUCCCACCGAUUCAUCGACAUCCCCUCCACCAAAAUAUGGACCAAAGACAUCGACCGUCCCCGACACCCCUGUCCGCUCUUUCUCCCACUCACUGAAUUGCACACUUUUCAUUUACUACGAAUAAACAGUUUGCAAUACUGA